UAAUUCCUUUUCAUCUAUAGCUUCCAAUCCUUCAACAGUAAGCCCUUUCGGCAUGUUCUCUUUCAAGUUCUUCAUUGUAGGACCAAGAACAGUAUCCUUGGUUUGACUAGAUAGCAUGAGUGCUACGAGGGUUUGUAAACGAAACACUUUGGGAUCUUUUCUGUCAGCCAGUGUAUGACAACCCAUGUUGUCUACCGGUGCAAUAAUUUUGCUUUUCAUUGCUUUUAUUUGACCGUAAACUUCACGCCAAUUCUUCGGCUCCUCUGCUUUUAUUUCAAUCCUAGAAACAUUUCCAUUCUUCUUCACCAUCUCUACUGUUAAGUAAAAAUUGGUAAUUCCUACAGAGGAACUCUUGUCGACUCUCGGCCACCCACGAAAACAAGGCAACUUAGCAGGAAGGCGAAAUUCUGCCAUUCUGACGUUAAUUGUUAAAUAACUGCACCAAUUGGAUACCUAAUACUCAUUAUAUUCAGAUUUAAACAUCAAUGUUUGGCUUUUAAUUGAGAAAAUGCAUCUUAGUUUACGGUUUAUAUGUUUUCUGUUUGCGGGAUUUGCGUCCGCUGUUUCCUUCCUUGCUAUAUGGAAUCACUUAAAAAACUACCGUAAACCACUCCUGCAACGGUCCGUUUGUCGGAUCUUGUUUAUGGUCCCUUUAUAUUCGUUUUCUUGCGCCUUUGAAUUAUACUAUCCUAGGGCAGGCAAAUGGGUAGAAUUUCUUCGAGAAAUGUAUGAGGCCUUUGUGCUGUACUGUUUUUUCUGUUUGCUUAUAGACUACUUGGGGGGAGAAAGAGCAACAGUUCUUAUGCUUCAUGGACAGCCUUCUCGCCCUCACCCUUGGCCUAUGACUCAUAUACUUGGUGAAAUUGAUCUAAGCGACCCAAAAACAUUUUUAAAUUUAAAGCGUGGCAUUUUACAGUACACUCUAAUGAAGCCUAUUCUCGUUCUUGUUCAAAUUGUAUCGGAGCUGAGCCCACAGGGAGACGAGGGUUCAAGUUCUUUACUUCUGUCUCCGGCAAUUUGGAUUGUAAUUAUAUAUAACGUUUCCAUUACGAUCUCUUUAUAUUCACUCACAACUUUUUGGUACGUUCUCCAUUCGGAACUCGAACCGUUCCGCCCGGUUCCUAAAUUCUUGUCCGUCAAGGCUAUUAUUUUUGCUUCCUACUGGCAGAUGACCAUCCUGUCUGUUCUGCAAUGGGCUCAUGCCUUCCCAGCUGAUUCUGAAGAAACGGCAAAUAGAAUACAGGACAUACUGAUGUGUCUAGAGAUGCCUUUUUUCGCUCUGCUGCAUCGACACGCAUUUCGAUGGGAAGAUUACAAAGUUCCGGGCGAAGUGUCAUGCGGGCGACUUCCCUUGAAACGGGCCCUUGUUGAUUGCCUUGGUCUAGUGGAUGUUUGGUGCGACAUUAUACAAACGACUACAGGCGAACGGUACGACUAUAGAGAGUUUGAACCCGGUGCGAAUAUUAUCCCAUAUGCACCAAGUGCAAGGGCUGUGCGAACCCGACAUGGAUUGCGUUAUGUGCAAGGAGGACAAUCAAAAUACUGGGUGCCAACAUUUGACCAGUCUCGUGCACGGUUAAUUGAUAACUCUAACCAAACGAUGAAUUCUUACAGUACUAUGGCUGUUUCUGAUGACCGUAUCAAUUCUAACUACGAAGGCGGCCUGUUCUUCGACAUUGAUCCGGAGGUAGAGAACUUAUAUACCCUGUCACGAGAAAUGACUUUUGGCGAUUACAAUUAUCCUGUUCUCACUGUUCAUGAUACUGAAGACAGUCCUUAUUCAUCCAUCGUGUAAAGGAGAGAAGGGGUAUGUCUCUCAAUCUUACACAACAUACAUACAAAUGUCGUUUUUCAAUUAGGGCACCCCCUUUAAAUCAUUCUUUCAUCUUGUCCGUUUGGCGUUUUCUUUCUAAAACCUAUUCGUGAACGAGAACGCGUUGGAGAAUGCAUUUCCAAGAUUCCGGCUUUUCAGAACACUGUUUUCAGCAGCUCCAACGAUGUCAUGUAUAUUCGUUUCCAGAACUAAUCCACCACAGACGACUUCUGCUAAAAUGGUAUGGAUUUCUUCGUACUUGAAAAUCUUUGAUUCAACCGGUUAGAUGAUGACAAGGGGGUUUUGUUUUCCUUCACACUACAAGUUCUUCUUACCAAAUCCAAUUCGCAGACGUUUUCAAAGCAGCGAUCUAAAGCUUCAACAAAUACCUGAUGAUGAUAAUUAGUAUACAAGUUCCAUCUUUCGUUUACCAAUAAUCCGCUACAAAUUAAAAAAAGACCUUUCCGAGUGCUUUUCUCUUUUAUUUCAUAUCCGUCGUACCUGAAUCAAAUCAAGGAUUCCGAGUUCGCUUUCUCCUUCAUCGACAACGAACACAAAGUAUAAAGUUGCGUAGCACCGAUAAAUAACUCUAUUUUUUCCUCCGAUAAGACUACUUUCAAGAAAAUUACAUGCUGUAGGCGGUCUAAGUGAAACAAGUUGG